GACCGGGAACAGCGCCACCGCCCGGCUGGGAGGAGUGCCGCCCCCAUGAGGUCCCCAGUGUGGACGGUCGCCUGCCCGAGCAGCAGCAGCACCGGGUGUCGGUGUCAGUUGUCGUCAGCGAUGCGAAGGGCCGGUGUCGGGGCCGGCGGCUGCGGCAUGUCCUGAGGUCCUUCCGUUUGUGCAGUGAAAGUGGCAAGGCGCUGUGCCUGAGGGAAGAAAGGCAUGUUGCAGCUCUGAAAUUUCCCGAGGACUUGAUGCCAAGGCAGAUUUGAAAGAAGAUAACAGGCAGUACUCCAAUAAACAGGAGGCAUGGCUGAUGCAGUGCUGAUUACCUCAGUGAUCGACAAUGCCUAUUUGUCAAAUUCUGGAGCACAAGCUGGUAACAGAAUGAAGAAUUGCAGCGAUGAGCUCGAAGAAUACUGUCCCAGCUCUGGUGUCUUUCAGUCCGCAGCUGCUACUGGAAAGGAGUCGAUUCUGAACAGAAAGCGACCGUUUGUCGGACGGUGCUGCCACAUCUGUUCUCCCUUAAGCAGGGAUACACUUUUCAAUGCCAGCAUCCCUUCCCAAGGACUACGGAAUGUUAUUUAUAUUAAUGAAACUCACACCAGAUACCGAGGUUGGUUGGCACGACGCCUCUGCUAUGUCCUGUUCAUUCAGGAAAGAGAUGUGCAUCGUGAUAUGUUUCCAAGGAAUGUGAUUGAGAAUGUUUUAAACAGCACCAGAGUGCAAAAGGCCAUUGUGGAAACUGUGACUGAUCGAAUGCCCGUAGAAACUCUUGCCCAGCCAGAACCCAAAGCUGUGAAUAAAGUAAAGCGAAAAGCUAGAGGGAUCCUUCAGCAAAUGGUGGCAAACAUCUCGCCAGCUGUGAUCAGACUAACAGGUUGGGUGCUGCUGAAACUGUUCAAUGGCUUCUUUUGGAGCAUACAGAUUCACAAAGGACAGCUUGAGAUGGUUAAGAAAGCUGCUGCAGAGCAGAAUGUUCCUCUGAUCUUUCUACCGGUUCACAAAUCUCACAUUGACUACUUGCUGCUUACUUUCAUUCUCUUCUGUCACAACAUCAAAGCACCGCAUAUUGCCGCUGGAAAUAAUUUAAAUAUUCCCAUUUUCAGCACACUCAUAAGAAAACUUGGUGGCUUCUUCAUUCGAAGGAAGUUGGAUAUUGGUGCAGAUGGACGGAAGGAUAUCCUGUAUAGAUCUGUGCUGCGUGUGUACAUUGAGGAACUUCUGCGGCAGCGGCAGUUUAUGGAGAUAUUUGUGGAAGGCACGCGGUCUCGUAGUGGUAAACCAUAUAUGGCCAUGACCGGACUUCUCUCUAUUGUGGUCGAUAGCCUCUGUGAGAAUAUCGUUACUGAUGUCAUGAUUAUUCCAGUGGGAAUCUCCUAUGACCGGAUCAUUGAAGGCAAUUACAACAGUGAACAGCUGGGGAAGCCCAAAAAAAAAGAGAGCCUUUGGGGUGUUGCACAAGGAGUCUUCAGAAUGCUUCGCAAGAACUUUGGCUGUGUCCGAGUAGACUUUGGGCAACCAUUUUCUGUUAGGGAAUACAUUGAUACUCAGAGGAAUCGUCCAUUGCCUGCAACCCUAUCCCUGGAAGAAAAUCUUCUUCCGACCAUUAUCACUGAAAGACCAGGCCUUAACCAUAUUGAGCAAGAUCUUACACCUGUUGUAAUCUCCAGAGAUUUAUUUGAUGAACAAUACCGGCGGCAGCUGAUCUCCAAUGUAGCCAAACAUGCUCUAUUCACUGCCAGUAGAUGUUCUGCUGUGAUGUCCACUCACAUUGUUGCGUGUUUGCUUCUCUACCGGCACCGAGAGGGUGUCCACUUAUCAAAAUUAGUGGAAGAUUUUUUCUGUAUGAAAGAGGUAGUCCUGGCUCGGGAUUUUGAUCUGGGAUUUUCUGGAAAUUCCGAAGACGUCGUAAUGCAUGCCCUUCAUUUACUGGGAGACUGUGUUAAUGUCAGAAGCUCCCGGAGAAACAGUGAGUUCUUUAUUGCACCAACCACGACGAUUCCAGCCCUGUUUGAGCUGAAUUUCUACAGCAACGGCAUUUUCCAGGUUUUUCUCACCGAAGCAAUACUGGCCUCUUCCCUCUGUGCUGUACUAAGGGAGAAUAUUUCAGGACCUGGCAAAAUGGACCCAACAGUCAGCCAGGAAAGGCUUGUUCGUACAGCAGCUGAUCUGUGUCACCUCCUUUCCAAUGAGGUGAUUGUAGGAUUGCCCUGCCAGGCAGUAUACCAAGUUUUCAAUGACGCUGUGAGCAAGUUCAUUCAGUACGGCAUCCUGUUGGUGGCAGAGGAGGACCUGAGCCCCAGUCCCACAGAGGAGACGUGGGCGAAUAAGUACCCAGAUGGUCUGUCGUGGAGAAGUGAUGAAGAAGAUGACAGUGACUAUGGGGAAGAGCAGCGCGAUCGUUACCUAAAGGUGAGCCAGUCGCCAGAUCACCAGGCGUUCAUCACUUUCUUGCAAAGAUUGUUGGGCCCUUUAUUGGAAGCUUACUUUUCAGCCGCUGUUUAUAUUCAAAGCUUCAGACUUCCAGUUGAAGAAACUGAAUACAUCAGCAAGUUUCACAAAUAUCUUUUAUCCCGAACCGAAAUGAAAAUAGCAGUAUUUGGGGAGAGUGCAACCUUCUGUCUUGCAAAAAGUGCGGUGAAAACUCUUAAGGACCUUGGGGUUUUUAAAGCACAGAAGAGUGGGAGCACGGUUUUGGAACUGAGCAACAUCUUUCUACCUCUCAUCAAUCGACAGAAGCUGCUGGAGUACAUUCAUAAUUUUACUGUGUUGUAGAAAAUACUGGACAGGGUAUGAUAAUUUAUUGACAUGGAUUAAUGAACCCGUUUGAAUUAAUUAUUUGACAUUUAAGAAAUGAAAUGAAUAUUUUACAUGCUGCAUUCUCUAAUUUGAUUUGUUUCACUGUUUUAGUGAAAGAUAUAUAUGGCUGACUUGGUUUGGCUGCUUUCCCUCAAAGUAAUUUAACUGGUGUAUCAUUCCACACAUUGUCAUCUUCUGUGUGUUUUGAUGCAGACUUGUGGAAGGGUAAGCCACCAAAAGCUGAUUGCCAUCAUUAGUGCUGGCUUAUUGAUGACACUGACAUUUGAUGAUAAGAUGUGAAAACUACAGACGCUUGUCUCACCUGUAGUGCUUAUGUGUUUUGUGUUCGUUUAACUUGAAGUGGCUACUCGGUUCCCGACUGGUUGUGAACAUACGCCAUGAACUGGAGUGUCAAAUCCAGUGAUAAUGACAGGUGUAUCAAGUUAUCUUGGGUUCUUGGUGCACUGGAGAGACUUGUUUCAAUGCAGGAAAGUGGUACACUAAAAGAGAUUUUGAUAGACUAAACGUAACUAAUCAGACAUUGUGAGAUCUGUGUCGUUCGGGUGUGGAUUUUCACCCCCACAAAACUAUUAUUUUGGUUAUGGGCCAUCUUCCUGAUUUAAUUAUUGUACCUUAAAUGGAAUAAUUGAUUUGUAAUCAGGAGGGUAUCUAUACGCUUGGCUGCGGGCUUUAUAAGCAGGCUUUGCCUAGACCAAUGUUUAACACCAUGCACAAUCUAAAGAUCAGUCAAUGGCUGAGCAGCAGCCAUAAGUAUUUGGAGGAUUGUUGCCUCUUUGAAAAGAUUUGUCACCUUCAGGAAUACAUGGCUCUCAUUCUCCUCCCUCUAUCCCAUCCCGCCCUACCGCACCACAUUAGUUGCAGUCAUUCAAACUCCGGAAAGAUAAUCUUUAUAAAGGUUUUUUUUACCCGCCAUGUUGCAGACACCUACCCUAUGAUGAUUUGUUGGUGUUGGAGAGCGUGCGAUCGGGCCUCUGGUUAUUGCCAGUACUGUAUGAAACAACUAAACAACUGUGCCUGGAAGCUGUGAGUUCGUUUGCCUCCCCAGCAAGGAGUUAUAUAGGAGUAAUACAAGCUCUUUCUAUACAUCCCUUCAGUCUGCGAUCUCUCCCUCUGCUCUCUCUCUUUCAGCCUCUCUCCUCUACUGAACUGCUUUGUAAAUCAGAAUAGCUGACCCACACUCUUGCAUUGAUGACUAAUUACGUUGCCAUUUAUUCAAUCUGUCUCUUUCUGGGUCUUAAAGAUUACCAUAGGUUUACUGAAAAAUAAAUUUACUGACAUAUUUAGCAACGAAAGAAUUUAUUUAUUCCAUAUAUUUUCCAGAAGGUCUUAUGGUUUCAAUACACAUUGAUUUCACCUUAGCAAUAAGGUAACCCUUUCAAAAAUUAUAUGCAUCUUGUGGCAAGUGGUGUGCUGUGAGAACACUUGUGUAUGCCUUCCAACUUAAACACUCAAAUUCGAAUCCAGCCUUGACAGGUAUUGAAGCUAACCUGACACUUCUCCCAAACGGCUUUCAAAUUAGCCACCGUACAAUAACAAAAUAAUGUUGUUGCAUUGGAAGAAAUAUAUAGUGGGUAAACCAUCCCUAGUGUGUAGAUGGGCAUCACAGAUCAACUUCAUACCUGUGAAGCGUGCGGUAGUAUUACCACCGUCUGUGUACAAAAUACUGGAAAUGCUUGCACUGGCUUUUAAUUUUGUUUUAUCUCACAGUGCAAGGACAUGGUCAAGGUCAGCUCCUCAUUUCACUGAUUUCACACAUUAAUCCCUCUAUCUGGAUUAAAAAUUCAUAAACACAACAUUUAGCCUCCAAAAUGGGAGACCUACCUCUUUAUAGAUUUUGCGCCCAGAAUGCCAACAGCUCUCAGUAAGAGAAGGUCACUUAUCUAAGCUGCAACUUCACCCUGAAUAUUUACAGCAAACGGACAUUAAAUCUCAAUGGUGUAUUACGUAAUGGCUAAUCAGAUCACAGUGGUCAUCAUCUAUGUGUUACACCAAAGAGUCCUCCCAUGUUAAAGCGACUGUAUUUUAAUGUGCAUUUGUUCUUUUUUUAAUUCUAAACCUGAAUGUCUCGCUUCUAACGUACACUAAUAUAUGUAAAACGACAAUGUCACAUGCUGCAUUAUUUGAUAUUUUGGUUCUAUGACUGCUGAACUUGUUAAUGACCCUUCUGCCUCAUAAGGUCGGAUCAUGACGUGGAAGGGAUGGUCAUGUGGAGAGUAAUUUUGAUGAGGAAAAAGGGUUGAAAGAGAAAAAAAACAUACAUUGCAGAAUAAAAACAGAAACUUUAUCUUGUCAUUUCUCUUGUAAUCUUGCUCAGCCAUGUCAAUUGUUUUAUUCUAUAUUUAUGUUUUCUUUUGACUUGUUUCAGGAUUUUAAACUCUGUUUUUGACAUGCAGUACUGUGGUGCAUAAAAAUACAGGAAAGCUUUCUUUCCAGGGUUGUGAUAUUUAAUUAUACAGGUAGUUUAGAGGUAUUGGGUCAUACAUGUUUUGCUUGUGUGUGCAGUGAAAUCUUCCCCUAACUGUGGUACAAACGAACGUUUUAUGUAAAGAAAUGAAUAUAGAGAGGUUUUAAUGAGCUGAAAAGCAUUUGAUCUGCAAUUGCACUGAUCUGUUAAGCUCAGGACUGUGAAAUAACCUAGAUCCCAAGAAGCCUUAAUUAUAUGGUGCUUCCAAAAGAGAAAGAGAGCUUAACCCAUUAUUAGAGCCAAUCAGGGAAUAAAUCUCAUGGAUGAAACACACAAGAAGUUAACAACAGUUUGCUGUCUUUUUAACUGUUACUUGUCUGAUUUCUGUUUCCUUGGUAAUAUCUGAAUCUAUUUCAAAAUGUUUAACAUACUAUGACAAUGAGUGGUCUAUUGUAAAUUAUCUUACCUUGUUUAAAUAGGUAUCAGCUUUCCACCAACUAAUUAAUUUUUGGGGCUGUUUGAUGAUGUGGUAAUGAGUAAAAGUUCUGAAAAAACACUCCCUUCUUACCACCAACUUCCUUUCUUUCUCUCUUGAAGUCUGUAACCUGCCAGGAUCCAGUCCUUUCCCAAAAGUGAAUGACUCUGGUCAAUGGGUAUCGGUCGACUAUGUUUCAUCCACGCUGACUGUCCCAGCUAAAUUCUGUCCUGGCUUUGCUUGAUAAUACCAACUGCAAACACGCACAAGCACCCAUGUGCACACUCUGAAGUGAGAGCCAGAAAGUGUUGUGGAAUUCAGGUUCAUAAAUCCCGUUACCCCAUCCCAAAUCCACGGGUACUGAGGUUUUCAGCCAAUCUAACAUCCUUCAGGAAUUUAAAACUGUGACCGAUGCAUUCUGGAUCAUUUGAUACUAGACCACACUUUACUUUCUGUGCUAAUGGGGAAUAAUUUGAAUACAUUUGACUGGGUUGUCAUGUACCUUUUAGGUUUUUAUAGAUUCUAACAUAUACUAACUGCAUAACAGCAACUUUGGAUAUACUUAGUACCACAUGAAGAAAAUAAAUGUAGGUAAAAGUACAAAACAGGAAAAGAAUAGCAGGUAUAACAAUCUUUGAGUUAUUAUGUAUAAACAAUCUUGUCCAUAUUCUGGUGAAUGUCUUUGGGGUAGUUGUGAAUUUCAAGGGCAAAACAUUCUUGCAUAUUACCCUAACAGGUCAAUCUCCUUCAUAUUGCUUUAGCGAAAUGCUUAAUAAGUUCUGUUUUGGUUAUAGAAAAGUUUAAUUAAGGAAUUUACUGUUUUCCUUCUGAUGCAAACUGGUGAUAGACUGAUGCAGUAUUUAAUUUAGUCCUGGGAUGCUGCAAAACUAGAUAGACUGGUGGCAGAUAGAAAAUGAAAUGUCAAGAUCAGAUGUCAAGACAUAGUUUCAGUGCUUUUGAAUGCGAGGCCCAUUUUGCUGCCAAUACUGCUGUGUUGGCGAGACAGUGGCACACAAUAAAUGUCUGCAGAAGGUUUGAGGCUAUUUGGCACUAAAGUAUAUAUUGUUUAUUCAGAUCUACACCUUUUACUGAUAUUAUUCUACAAGCAUAAUUAAUUAUUUGUGCUAAAAUAGUUACCUAUUUAAAUUAUUAAACUAAUGUAAUGCAGUUUGAAGAUUAUUAACUACUAAAGCCAAAUGUACAAAGCAAAAGCUUUUUUUGCUCAUGACAGUUGUCUUGAGAAUGGUUGGCAGUGUGGUACAAACCAUGUACUGCUCAAGAUAUAGUCAUUCCCACAGAGCCAAAAGAGGGAACUGUCACUUUCUCUGUAUAAUUCUCAGCUGUUGCCUAUCUGUAUGUAGUGUUUUUGUGGGAAUGGGAAGAGGAAAAUUAGUAAAUGCGCAAGCACGCAAGUAUUUUUUUUUCCAAUUACUAUUGUGUUGUAAUGUUUGAAAUGCAAAUUGCAGGAGACUGAUCUCAAAGAUCCUAUAUCUGGUUUGAGGAGAACUGUUUUGUCACUUUUAUAAAAUAAACAUUGAAAAAAAUUGCA